CACGCCAUUCUGGCAGGCUACUACAACGCCAUCAUGAUGUACCUCACAGUUGUCAACGAGACAGUCAACGAAGGAGGCACCAUUAGAGACGGUAAAGAGAUUGUCAAAAGAAUGAGCAACAGGACGUUUUUCGGAAUUGCAGGCCCCUAUCACAUCAGCACUGAUGGCCACAGAGAUUCAGACAUGGCUCUUGUGGAUAUGACUGAUCCCUGGAACGGAACCUUUCAGCGGGUCGGCAUCUAUAAGGCUGAAAGCGAUCAACUGGCUCUGGUAGACGAUAUUAUGAUUAGCUGGCCAGGAAGUGGGCAACCUCCAGAGGACAUCCCUGACUGCAGCAUUCACGAUCAGCUGUGUGAGGCAUAUGCAUCCCUUCAAGGCCCAGAUACCUCGAACCUGGCCAUCGGACUCUCCACCAGUAUCUCCAUCGUUGUUAUCGCUGCUGCAGUUGCUGUCUCAUUUGCAUUAAGGAUGAAGAUAACAAAGCGAAGAACACAGUUAACUUGGUGGAAGAUUGAAAUCGACGAGCUACAACCCAUAAAGAAGAACAUGACAAAAAAUGAAGACGUGAGGGCAACCGCAUUACCUAUCGAGUGUUUAUUUGCUCUCAAAUUACUGACCACCACUUUAAUCAUUCGAGAUAUGAACCACCCUAACUUACUACGAGUCGUGGGUGCUUGUCUUGAAGGAGACAAGAGAGCUUUGAUCACUGAGCAUUGUCCUAAGGGAUCUUUACAGGAAGUGAUAAUGGAUGAAACAUUCAAACUAGACAAUGUCUUCUGCUUAUCUAUCCUGACAGACAUCUUGCGGGCACUGAUCUAUAUCCACAAGCGCUCCAUGCGCUACCAUGGGCGUCUAACUAGUGAGAUUUGUAUGAUUGACUCCAGAUUCUCCGUCAAAGUUGGUUACUACGGUCUUCCCACGAUAUAUGACACCAUUCAGUUACAAAGUAAGGAGCAGAGCAAGGAGAAAGAUGGACUGUGGAAGGCUCCGGAGAUACUCAAAUCUGAUGGGAAAGGAAGUCCCGAAGGAGAUAUUUAUAGCCUUGCCAUUAUAAUGUCAGAAGUAAUCUCAAGAGAGGAGCCUUAUAGCAACGAUAAAGAAUAUUUAACCACACAAGAGGUCUUAAACAGGAUUCGCACGUGCAUGGACCCACCGUUUCGCCCAGCAGUUAACACACCCCCAGACCUCAUACAACUGGAGACGUUGAUGAAGCAAUGCUGGAGCGAAGAUCCAACAAAACGACCUUCCUUAAAUAAAAUUGCAGCUGUCCUUCAUAGUUUAAUGUC